AUGUGUAUAAGUUUGAGCUCCCACCUUUUCACGCCAUGCCAUGGACCUGCCUUUUCUUCUCAGCAUUUCCUGAAGCACGACGGUCAUCCUGAAAUAGUACAUGUUCAUGGUCAUCACGCUCAUGGUCACGUCGAUUACCAUACUCAUCCCAAGUAUGAAUUCGGUUACAAAGUGGAAGACCAUCACACGGGAGACAGGAAAUCUCAACACGAGCACCGUGAUGGGGACGUUGUAAAGGGUGUGUACGCUCUGCACCAGCCUGAUGGCUCUGAGAGGAUUGUGCACUACCACGGAGACCAUCACACUGGAUUCCACGCGGACGUGAAAUUUGGGACCCAUCACAUCAUUCCUCAUCAUCACCACUAACACUCAUGAGUAUUAUUUAAACUAGGUUUAACCGUUUUUAUAUAUUGGUAUUAAAGAGGAAA